CACAUUUCCUCUGUAUGGGCUCGCUGCUAUUCGUGCACACUCUGAGGUUCCUCCAGGGACCGCCGUCUAUGUGUGUUUAGUGUGUCAGGUGGGAAUAUAACCUCGCCUGAAUUGUAUUUAGAGUCUCAGUAUGCGCCUCGGUGUGGGUUUUGUGUCCAGCGGGAAUGUUGUCUCGGUUUUGCUGCAUUCAGCUCGCUAAACAAAGGCAUUUCCCUUGAAGACAUGCUAUAUAUACCGUGGAUUGUUCUCUGAUUCGGUUUUAAGGGAUACCUUUUCAGCUGGCUGGAUAUACGCAAACCAAAAAAGACUAAUUGACACACUUACAAAAGAGCAUGCUGGCAGCAUGCUGUUACCAAUAUACAUUUUUGUGCCUACAAAAAGGUACUGUGGCAGUACUUUGAUAUAUACCACGGUGUUAAACUUCAACCAAUGGCCUUUCACUCAAGUAUCAUUGUCCUUUUAUAGAUCUUACAAACUUUAUUGGAACUACUUGAAGGAUUUUUUCAUUUUUUGGGUGAACUAUACCUUUAAGAAGCACAGUCUAUCACCAUAAACACUCACAAUAUACAUUUUUGUUCAAUCAAUAAGUGCCUACAAAAAGGUACUGUGGCAGUACUUUGAUAUAUACCACGGUAUUAAACUUCAACCAGUGGCCUUUCACUCAAGUAUCUCGCUGUCUUUUUAUAGAUCUGAAGAGAUCACACUCUCUUAAAUGCAAGAGAAUAAAAUGACUUGCCGUGACACUUACAAAAGCCCCAGAAUUCCCCUUUGAGUGUGAUCUGCAGAUCUGUAAAAGAAAGCAUGGGAUCUCACUAACGAAAUGCCGUAACAAUCAGAAAUGCGUUAAACAAUAUAAAGUUGCGAUGAAAAGCAUUUUUUUUUUUCCAUGUAUUGUGAGAAGAGUCGUUUUUACAAGAAGGGCCAUUUGCUUUUCGAUCAAACGUUACAAGGUCAAAACUAAAUGAAUUAAACGCAUGCGUGGAUGAGCUGUCUAUAAUAAGAUCUGUAACAUGAAUUGGAUUAAUUAGAAAAUCUCGAUCCGUCGUUUUAACUGGAGGAUUCAGUGACGUGUUUUUACAAGGUCAAAAUUAAAAACGAUUACGAAAAUCCAAACCCAUAGGAAUUACUGUGUUCGGCCAAACAAAGGAAGAUGUUUUGAAAAAUGUUUGUGACCGGACUGUUUUCGGUCACCACUUCUUUAGUAGGAAAAAUAAUUACUAUGGAAGUCAAUUGUGACCCAAAACAGCCUGGCUACUAACUUUUUUCUGGUUACAAACUACUACUUGAAGGACUUUUUAAUAUUUUGGGUGAACUAUACCUUUAAGAAGCACAGACUGUCCUCUGCGACUGUUUAGUUGAGCUCGUGAACUAGUUACAAGUUGGGGGCUGCCAGCUGACGCAUGGACGAUACUUCACAGUUGGUCUUAAAGCAGCCUUUAAAAUCAGCAAAUGGAGAUUUGUUUCGUUUUUAAGUACCGAAACCAAGCAGUUUCAAAAACCCCAGAAGUCCCCAAGUCAACGGCGAGGAUAUGGUUUGCAGUAGAUGAAUGUUUAUGCAUUUUUUUUUUUUUUUUUUUUUAGAGCAGUGGUCAGUCAGAUUGGCCUCCGAGACAGAUUGUUCCCAGAUUAGACCCCAAUGUCCCGUGUCCUUGACUGAAAAUCCUCUUUCACCGAGGACCGGGAUCCGAGAAAUCAGCCCUGCAUGUAUCGGCAGAUUAAACGUUUAAUGUCACAGUGACAGCUAAAGGAAAAUCCUGCUAAUUUAGUCGUUUAAAAGCACAGAUGGUACGAAUUUACAAAGCCAACACAAAUUAAGCCAAACAUGACAAGGUGAGCGGGGAUUGGUUAACGACCUUCUUAAUACCCGCCCUCUGCGUCCCGCAGCCAAUCGCAGCUCAGUCUGAGCAACAGGGCAACAUAAGAGAACCGAAUUUUAGUUGCGUGCCAUGCGUGUGUGCUUGUAAAUAGUAAAGAGCUGACCUUUUAACGGGUUUACAGCAUCUUUCUGUUUUUAAAGCAUCUCACGGCCUCUGUUUGAGACCAGCCGCAGUAGCUCAGAAAAUAGCACCCGUCUGCACGCUCGGUUUAUUUCGUAAUCUAACGAUUUUAAGCGUACUAAAUGCAUGCGUCUUUGUCUUCCUCACGUUGCCCGUUUCUUUUGCCCCGCGUGAGGUCAUUACUAAUUUAUUCCUUCCUUUAUGGCGUCUCCGACAAGAGCUGAAAGCUGUCUGAAUGUAGGACAGAACCGCAUCUUAAAUUAGCCGCUCCUCUCCUCCUCUCUCUUCACUUCAGUUCACUCAAGCAUGACUGAUGUAGUUUUGUGGAGUCUGUGGAGACGGAGAGAAAGGGGCCAUACAUAGAGGCCGAGGAAGACAGAAGCGAAGAAUGAAAGGCGAUCGGUUUGCAUCCCAGUGAAUUGUGGGUUUCUGUCAGCGCUGCGGCGCACACCGCCAACAGCGCACACAAUAUCAGCCUGACGGCCUUCAACGGCAGAGCAAACACUGUCCGUCCUGUUUGAGUCGCGUCUAUUGUAGUUGUGUUUAGGUGGUGUGUGAUUCUCUUUGUACGCUACACUCAGACUUCCAGCUACAAAGAGCCCUUUGUGCCGGCCGGCCUCUUCACCGAGCCGGGCUGCGAUUGGCUGAGAGCGCCGAGCUUACGCGUGAUUGGUCAGGCAGCUUUUACUGGAGUCAGAUGGGGUUCGAUGCUGAAUUAAAACCAGUAUGAGGUGCAAGCACACACACACACACAAACACACACAUGCACAUGCCCGCUUUAACAUCUCCAGAAUGUCCGUCGCUGUGCGUAUAAACCAGCUAACCGUUAUACUUCUGUCUGUGCACCUCAUUCCAACCAAUCCGGUGGCAGAGCAAAGAUCGCUCGGUAAAAGCAGAAAGCGGGUGAAUCCGGUCCUCCACACGGAGCCUCCCGCCCCAGACCCAAUCCGAGACACUCACCAGUACUGCAAUUACCCCAACCUCACGGAGCACGGCUGGGAGGGUCACAGUCCGGCUGACUACAGGCUGCUGUCCGUACAUGUGAUGAUCCGGCAUGGAGACCGCUUCCCUCUGUACUCCAUCCCCAAAACCAAGAAGCCUGCCAUAGACUGUGUCCUAUCAGAGAAGAGAAAGCCCUCUCACCCCCUCCUGGCCUCCUUUAUUGGUCACAUGGCUCUGGGUGGGCGUGGUCACUGGGACGCAUCACUGGGUUCUCUGCCCCGGUUACCCAAUCACAGCACCUGUGAAAUGGGAGAGCUUACACAGACAGGAGUCGUACAGCACUUAAAAAACGGCGAUCAUCUUCGUCAGGCUUACAUCAAGCGCCACAAUCUGCUCACUGCUGAUUGGUCGCCGCGGCAGUUGUGGGUGGAGACUACAGGUAAAAGCCGCACCCUUCAGAGUGGACUGGCCUUCCUCUUCGGCUUCCUGCCACGUUUCGAUUGGUCACGGCUGACGGUAAGACAGCAGUGGAGUACUCUGUUCUGCGGUUCCUCGUGCGACUGUCCCGCUCGCAACCGGUACCUGGACCAUGAGCAGCGCAGGCAGUAUCGGCAGAGGACUGCAGACACAGAACUGGAGCGUACGUACGUCACCAUGGCGAAGAUGUUGGGCGUGGCCACAAAAAUCCUGAGGGCGGCCAAUCCGGUGGAUGCGUUGCUGUGUCACUUUUGUCACGGCCUUCCUUUUCCGUGCUCUAGCGCAAAGACUACGUCAAACGCUCCGGAUGAGGGGGCGUGUCUCACGCUACAGCACUUUGCUGUGAUUCGCCGGCAGCAGAAGGAUGACGAGCUGGAGCGGCGGGGGGCCGGGCUUUACCGGCGAUACGCUGUGCUCGCGGCGCAUCCGUACCUCAACCGCACCGCCACGCGGAUGGAGAGGAUCGCCAGGGGAAGCCAGGCGCGCAAAGGCAAGGAAGAGGCGGCCUUCGCUUUAGCGUCUGCUCACGACGUCACAAUGGCGCCGUUGCUAAGCGCGCUCGGCCUGGAAGGGGCGGGGUUUCCAAAGUUCGCGGCGCGGCUGGUGUUCGAGCUGUGGAACGGCCCGGAAGCGAAAGACAGAGAUAGAAAGAGCGAUAGAAAGAGAGGGAAGGGGCUGGAGAACGCGUUCAUCCGCGUUCUCUAUAACGGAGAGGACUUGACCUUUGACACAGCCUUCUGCCGCGGCCACAAUCGACACUCUGCUCAGCCACUGUGCCCUCUGGGUAAUUUCCUGUCGUUUGUGAGAAAUGACAUGUUUAACAUCGUCAACGCGACGAGCUACCAGCAGGCCUGCCACCAAAUUGUACUGUGAACGUGAAUGAGCGGACGUCAGGGAAAGGUUGACCCAAAUAUUCUGUGCAAUUCUGUCAUCCUUUAAGUCGUUUCGAAACUAUAUCAAUUUUAGUGGAUAAUACUAUUGAAUGCAAGCUCAAAGAGAUGCGCCUAUGCGGUAUAUUUCAAUGAGUUUGCUUGGUUGGAAUAACAUGAAGGUAAAAAUAAGACAGAAUUUACAUUUUUUUGGGCGUACUGUACCUUUAAGGCCGAGUACCGCUAAUAGUGUUCUUGGUGUAGUGUUUGUGGACCAAAUAAUCGUCCUUGCACAAUGUUUUUGGUGCAUUUUACUAAUCACACUGACUAAAUCUGAAGCUGUUUACUGUAAUCAUUUUAAGCUUAGGCUGUGACUGAACGUGAACAUCUGUCAAGGACCCUUCCAGAGCACCUGUAUACCCAGACAAACACACAAGUUGUCGAAACACCUCUUGCCUUCAUUUUGAGUCGGCGAUCUAGGAGCGCUGCACAGUCAUUAUGACAAUCCCAGUGGUUUUGCUAAAUACAAUUUUUUUUUUUUUUUUUUUUUUUCGAAUUGUCAUUUUUUUGUGUGUAACACUUAUAUUAGAUUUAGGGCACUUGGCCACUUUAUUGCAGGGUUCCUGCGGUGAUCGGGAAUCUGAUGUUAUUUCAGUUUCGCAUCUCUUCCAUCGGACUUCCCGGAUGAGUUCUCACUUGAAUAGCAUUAGCAAAAAUGACUCGUUUUAGCACAAUCGUGACGCAUUCCUCGCACAUUUUUGUGUGCUUUUAAAUUUGUUAGCAGUGCAAAACAGCAUAAAAUAGCGCUUUCACUUUGUUUACACGUAAUGUAAAUGUAGAACAAAGGAGUGGUGGUUAUUUUAAGUACUGUAAAACUGAUCCAGUCGACUUUUGUAUCGCAGAUGGCGUUCUUGCGAUCGGCCUGUACUGCCACAUUUCAAACCUUAAAGCACAUUUUUCAAUAAAAGAAUCAUUUUGGUCUAAAAACGUUCACGGGGUCUGUCUGAAAAUACACGUUUUUUUUUCACUCUCCGCCACUUUGCGGCCCAUUCAGUCCAAGAUCCACCCACUUAAACAAAACGAGAUGCAAGGUAAAGCGUCCAACCACAGUUUGUUUUGAUUUGCAUGCCAUUUAUCUAAACUACCCCAUAGAACAAUAACAGUCCAGCGUGGAAAGAUUCAUUCGUUCAUUGCUCAACAGUGCUGGUAUGAGACCGGCUUGUACAGAAACGGGGAAAAAAAGCCUGCAAAGAAGCAUCUAGCUUACGCAACAUUUCCAAAGAUCGCGCGCCACUAUCACAAAUCAAUCUUUUUUUUACUUCAUGGUGUCAAUCUGGCAACAAAACUGUUUCCAGUAAAGCUGAUGAAAUCAUCGCAACGUUGGGUGAAGUCGGUAAAUCUAAUCACGCUUGCAUAUAUCUCCACUAGGUGGCAGGAGACUUUCGUCCGUGUGAGAAUUCAAGCGACCUCAGAUUGAGUCAGCACUAUUGAAAUAGAUCAAACAUCAGCUCAUUGGUCAGCACCGCACACAUACAGCGUAGAAAGCCUCCUUGGCUCGAGCCGUUAUUGUUAAAUAUGAGAUUGCAAAUCACGCCGACUGGUUUUUAGCCUCGCCUGUCGAGUAACUCCAUCACAACAGCCAAAAAACUGCCAAGGAGUAAUCUGCAGAAUUUCCCCAAGAGUGUGUAUCGGGAUGUAAGUGAAGGAAUCCGAGGCCUUCUGAUCUCUACGAGAUGAUUUUAAUUAGCCGCUGCCUUCCUCGGCCAAAGAAAAGAUCAUUCAUUUACUGACUUGGACGGAGAAAUCGAUCUUAAUUAAAGUGAGUUAGCGUACCGGUGUGCCUGGGAGCGUUUAGAGAGGGAUAAAAUGAACUUAGCAAAUUAAGCACGAUGCAGAUAUUAUUAACACACUCAAAACUUUCUUGUGUAAUUGUAACUAUGCAAAACAUCGCUUGUUUUUUUUUGUUUUCCUGUGAAAAGAUGAACCGACCCAUUUGGAGAUCUCCAGAGAACGUCUACCAGAUAUGCAUCUUUGCAUAUGCAAAUAUCCCUAUUACUAACUGAGCAUAUCUAAUACGAAUUAUGGAAUAAGAUAAAAAAAAAAAGUACUAAAAUACUUGUAUC